AGACCAUAUGACAGACGACAUUCAUGCUACUACUGUGGAAAGCUUAAAACAAACAUCCAAACACAUCUUGAACAUGCACACAGAAUAAAGGAGGAAGUAAAGACUUUCAUUAAAAUGAAGCAGGAAAUAGGAGAAACCUUGGAUGCCACAAAGAAGAAGGUGUUGAAUGCACAAUUACAUCGAUUACAGACUGUUAUAAGAAAUAAAGGAAAUCACAUGCACAUGUAGCAGAAACAGGGAGAAAUUCUACUAGCAAGACGACCUCUGGCAUUUGACUGUUCAAAAUAUGGUCCUUGUCCAAAAUGCCAGGAGUGGAUUAUUUUAGAAAACAUUACAAAACACCAGCAUACCUGUAUAGCAAAUGAAGUUUCCACACAGAAACCAAAUGGUGAUCAUGAGUUUGAAGAAGCAGUCAGCAAAGGAGCAACCAUAGUACAGAUGAGUCUUGAAGGGACAACUUACCACACACCCAUCAAAAAAGAUUGUGAAGGAGGUGUUUCGUACAAUGACUAGAGAUGAUGUUACAGAGUGUGCACAAAACGAUAAAUUGAUAGUAGCACUAGGAGAAAUAUGGCUCAUGAAAAAUGUGGGAAACCGCCUGCGUAGAAGAAAUAUCACAAGUUUUCGAAUGCGUCUUGCUGGGAGACUUUUGUUGCUGAUCAGGGAUAAAUUACAAUUAAAGGAGUCCACAAUGAGCAGUGUUCUGAUACCUAAAAACUUUGAUCUUAUUGUUGAGAGUACAUUGGAUGUUUGCAAAGAGAAUCAGGAGAAAGAGCUACAGAAUCCUAGUUCCGCUAUCAAAUUAGGGUAUGGCUUGUCCCGUCUUGCCUCCUUGAAGUUGGGAUUCAGUAUCAAAGCAAGUGAUGAGAAACUUUAACAAGAAGCAACAGAUUUUCCGCGUCCGAUGCAGCUAGAAUGGAGUGUUAAAGUAACAAAACUUGCCCGAGUCACACUUGAAGAAAGACGUUUCAACAAAGAAAAAGAAUUGCCACAUCCCGAAGACAUUGCACAUUUGGC